UUCCUACCCAGGAUAACUUCAAACCUUCAUCCUCAGAUCUCAGCCCCCUGAGUACCCAGUAGUAGUAGUACUAGUAUUAUAGGCAUGAGCCACUAGUACUGGCAUGAGCCUGGCUCUCGCCAAGCACUUUCCCAGGCUCUAGCCCCUGGCCCAGCCUGAUUCUGUAUUCCUUCAAAGACCAAUGCCACUUGGAUGGGCAUCCUAAAAAUGUCACCCCUCUCCUAAUAGACUCCAGCAUUGGGGGGAGGAUGGGAGGAGCCAGGAGCAGGGACCCCUUCGAUGAAUAAGCCUUUGGGACUGCUUGUCUGUUUGCAGAAGCUUUGGACAAAGCAGGCCCACUGUGACUCACCUCCAUUUCCUGCCUUAGUCAUUGGCCAGCCCUCUCCACGCCCCCAUAGGCUCAGCAUCGGAGGACUGGUGGGUUGGGGGGGGAGUGACCUCAGCGGGAGAGUGGCGUGAAGGGGUGAGGCCUGCCAUGACAGCACUGCGGCUUCCCCCACUGUCCUGCCCCCACGAUGCCGUGUUGUUUCUCAGGAGAGAAUGCAGAGAUUGUCUGGCUGUGGCCGGAAGGUGACAGGGGACUGGAGGAAGUUUGGCGAGUCCCUUGGCCUGGCUCUUUGUCUGGAAAGAGGGUUUGACCUCCCCUUCCCGGCUGGGAGCACUGCAAAACAGAAGGCCACAGCCUAGAUAGACUCUGGGAGCCCCGUUAGGGCCCAUAGGAAACCAUAGCUACCUGAAGGAGGCAGAUUUAUUUCCCUUACUCCUGAGACCCCGAUUCUCCAUCAUGGUCACCCUCAAAGCCAUAAGGCCUGACAGAGGAUGAGGACGUCCUGGCCAUGUUGAGGGGCUCCCGGCUCCGCAAGAUCCGCUCGCGCACGUGGCAGCAGGAGCGGCUGUACCGGCUGCAGGAGGACGGCCUGAGCGUGUGGUUCCAGCGGCGCAUCCCGCGCGCGCCCUCCAAGCACACCUUCUUGGUGCAGCACAUCGAGGCCGUCCGGGAGGGCCACCAGUCCGAGGGCCUGCGGCGCUUCGGGGGCGCCUUCGAGCCUGCGCGCUGCCUCACCAUCGCCUUCAAGGGGCGCCGCAAGAACCUGGACCUGGCGGCGCCCACGGCCGAGGAGGCGCAGCGCUGGGUGCGCGGCCUGGCCAAGCUGCGGGCGCGCAUCGACGCCAUGAGCCAGCGCGAGCGGCUGGACCACUGGAUCCACUCCUAUCUGCACCGGGCAGACUCGAACCAGGACAGUAAGAUGAGCUUCAAGGAGAUCAAGAGCCUGCUCAGGAUGGUCAACGUGGAUAUGAAUGACAUGUAUGCCUACCGCCUCUUCAAGGAGUGUGACCAUUCCAACAACGAGAGGCUGGAGGGGGCUGAGAUUGAGGAGUUCCUACGGCGGCUGCUCAAACGCCCAGAGUUGGAGGACAUCUUCCACAGGUACUCGGGCGAGGACCGCGUGCUGAGCGCCCCAGAGCUGCUGGAGUUCCUGGAGGACCAGGGUGAGGAUGGUGCCACCCUGGCCCACGCCCAGCAGCUCAUCCAGACCUAUGAGCUCAACGAGGCAGCCAAGCAGCACGAGCUCAUGACACUGGAUGGCUUCAUGAUGUACCUGCUGUCACCCGAGGGGGCUGCCCUGGACACGGCCCACACUCGUGUGUUCCAGGACAUGGGGCAGCCCCUCGCCCACUACUUCAUCUCCUCAUCUCACAAUACCUAUCUGACCGACUCUCAGAUUGGGGGCCCCAGCAGCACCGAGGCCUAUGUUAGAGCCUUUGCCCAGGGAUGCCGCUGUGUAGAGCUGGAUUGUUGGGAGGGGCCAGGAGGGGAGCCCGUCAUCUACCACGGCCACACACUCACCUCUAAGAUCCUUUUCCGGGAUGUGAUCCAAGCUGUUCGUGACCACGCAUUCACGGUGUCCCCAUAUCCUGUCAUCUUGUCCCUUGAGAACCACUGCGGGUUAGAGCAGCAGGCUGCCAUGGCCCGGCACCUGCGGACCAUCCUGGGAGACAUGCUGGUGACAGAAGCACUGGACCUCCAGAACCCCGAGGAGCUGCCGUCUCCAGAGCAGCUGAAGGGCCGCGUCCUGGUGAAGGGGAAGAAGCUGCCGGCUGCUCAGAAUGAGGAUGGCCGAAUUUUGUCAGACAAGGAGGAGGAGGAGGAAGAGGAAGAGGAGGAAGAGGCUGUGGAGGUUGCCGAGCAGAGGCGGCGGGCCAAGCAGAUCUCCCCAGAGCUAUCUGCCCUGGCUGUGUACUGCUGUGCCACCCGCCUCCGGACCCUGCACCCCAGCCUCGGCCCGCCGCAACCCUGCCAUGUCAGCUCCCUCAGUGAGCGCAAGGCCAAGAAGUUCAUCCGGGAGACAGGGAACAGCUUUGUCAGGCAUAAUGCUCGCCAGCUAACACGUGUGUACCCACUGGGUUUGCGGAUGAACUCAGCCAACUACAGCCCUCAAGAGAUGUGGAACUCGGGCUGUCAGCUGGUGGCCUUGAAUUUCCAGACACCAGGCUACGAAAUGGACCUCAAUGCAGGACGUUUCCUCAUCAACGGCCAGUGUGGUUAUGUUCUAAAACCUGCCUGCCUGCGGCUACCUGACACAACUUUUGACCCUGAGUGUCCUGGACCCCCCAGAACUACUCUAACAGUCCAGGUGCUAACUGCCCAGCAGCUGCCCAAAUUGAAUGUGGAGAAGCCCAGCUCCAUCGUGGACCCCCUGGUGCGCGUGGAGAUCUACGGGGUACCAGCAGACUGUGCUCGAAAGGAGACUGACUAUGUGCUCAACAAUGGCUUCAACCCCCACUGGGGACAGACCCUGCAGUUCCAGCUGCGGGUCCCGGAGCUGGUGCUGGUCCGGUUUGUGGUAGAAGAUUAUGAUACCACUUCUCCCAAUGACUUUGUCGGCCAGUUUACACUGCCACUCAACAGCCUGAAGCAAGGAUACCGCCAUAUCCACCUGCUGUCCAAGGAUGGGGCCUCACUGUCCCCAGCCACACUCUUCGUCUACAUUGGCAUCCGGCACUCUUGAAGACCACGUGUGGCUCUGUGCGGGGCUUGUCUGCCUCACCCACAGAGUCCUAUCCCCUGAAGUGAGGGAUCAUGGGAGUCCCAGCCCUCCCGUGGGCCCUGCUCACCAGGUGCGGGUUUCACCUGGGUGCUGAGGGCUGGCUGCUUGGCUCUUCCUGAGGGGCCAGCCUGUGAGCUGCAUCCUGCCAAGCUGCUCAUUGGACUUCAGAGGGCUCCCCCCCCCCCCCCCGCCCCGGCCCAGGGCCCCAGGUGGCCCUGACCUGGAAAGCCAGGCCUGCUGUGAGCACUCAGCCUUCCUAGCUGAGCUAUCCUAACCUUCCCUGAAGGGGCACAGCCACCCACAUUGCCCCUGUCCAGGGCAUUAGCUGUCCCCUAAUCCCUCCUCCCCGACCCCCCCCCCCCAGACUUUCUUGGCCUCUUCUCUCUGGCUCUUGAAUUUGAUCCCCUAUUCACUCCCCUCCCUCUCCUUCCUUUUGGAAGCAAGAAGGGAACACAGGCGGAGCCCUGGGGAGUCUGGGUAAUGCAUUUGUAACUUGUGUCAUAGAAAAGCCCUGGAUAGGGCAGUAGGAGAGUAUUUAAAAUAAAUAAAGGAGCUUAAGUUGAUUUUA